GGGGUUUUAUAUUGCUCUGGUAUUUAUGCCAAAGACACACCAGCACUCAGUCACUGGGAGAAGGAUCUCACACCCUUGGUGCUCCAGCCCGCAGUUCACUCAGCCAAACUCACCAUGUGUGAAGAGGAGACCACCGCGCUUGUGUGUGACAAUGGCUCUGGCCUGUGCAAGGCUGGUUUUGCAGGAGAUGAUGCCCCCCGGGCUGUUUUCCCCUCCAUCGUGGGCCGCCCUCGCCACCAGGGUGUAAUGGUAGGAAUGGGCCAGAAAGACAGCUACGUGGGGGAUGAGGCUCAGAGCAAGCGUGGGAUCCUAACUCUUAAAUACCCCAUUGAACACGGCAUCAUCACCAACUGGGAUGACAUGGAGAAGAUAUGGCACCACUCCUUCUACAAUGAGCUGCGGGUAGCACCUGAGGAGCACCCCACCCUGCUCACCGAGGCCCCCCUAAACCCCAAGGCCAAUAGGGAGAAGAUGACACAGAUCAUGUUUGAAACCUUCAAUGUCCCGGCCAUGUAUGUCGCCAUUCAAGCUGUGCUCUCCCUCUAUGCAUCUGGACGCACAACAGGCAUUGUCCUGGAUUCAGGGGAUGGCGUCACCCACAAUGUCCCCAUCUAUGAGGGCUACGCACUGCCCCAUGCCAUCAUGCGCCUUGACCUGGCUGGCCGCGACCUCACAGACUACCUCAUGAAGAUCCUCACAGAGAGAGGCUACUCCUUUGUGACCACAGCUGAGCGAGAAAUUGUUCGAGACAUCAAAGAGAAGCUGUGUUAUGUGGCCCUAGAUUUUGAGAAUGAGAUGGCCACGGCAGCCUCAUCUUCUUCCCUGGAGAAGAGCUACGAGCUGCCAGAUGGGCAGGUCAUCACCAUUGGCAAUGAGCGCUUCCGCUGCCCCGAGACCCUCUUCCAGCCUUCCUUCAUUGGCAUGGAAUCUGCUGGAAUUCAUGAGACAACUUACAAUUCCAUCAUGAAGUGUGACAUUGAUAUCCGUAAAGAUUUAUAUGCCAACAAUGUCCUUUCUGGGGGAACUACCAUGUACCCUGGCAUCGCUGACAGGAUGCAGAAGGAGAUCACAGCCCUGGCCCCCAGUACCAUGAAGAUCAAGAUUAUUGCUCCCCCAGAGCGGAAGUACUCAGUCUGGAUCGGGGGCUCCAUCCUGGCUUCUCUCUCCACCUUCCAGCAGAUGUGGAUCAGCAAGCCUGAGUAUGAUGAAGCGGGACCUUCCAUUGUCCACAGGAAGUGCUUCUAAAGUCAGAAUAGAUUCUCUCAAGACUGCUGUGUUACCAAACAUGAGACAUUAAAACCUGCAAACCUUA